AUGCAAUUUGGUGCAAGAAAUGAUGGACGAACCGAUAGCACUCCGGCAUUAAGCAAAGCAUGGAGCCAAGCUUGUUCGCGUGAUGGAGGUGGUGUAGUUUUAGUACCAGAUGGGAGGUUUCUAAUUUUUUCGUUGGUGCUUAAAGGUCCAUGCAAAGGAUCCAUUGGUCUACGGAUUAAUGGCGAAUUGUUGGCUCCUAUCGAUCCAAAUUUCGCUGUUGCCCAAAUCUGGCUGAGUAUCAAUGAAGUCGACAACUUAUUUGUCGAUGGUUAUGGCAGCUUGAACGGUCGCGGUUCUUUAGCUUGGUCUAUCAAAAAGUUUAACCGUCCAAUUUCUGUGAAACUCUUUAGAAUCAACCAUGCGAGAAUUACGGGUAUAACAUCGUACAAUAGCAAAAACUUCCAUUUUGGUGUGCAUGGAUGUAAUGACGUCACGUUUGAUCACAUUAGAACAAUGGCUCCAAAAGAUAGCCCCAAUACAGAUGGAAUCCACAUUUCCAAGUCAAGUGGUAUCAACAUUAUGCAUUCAAGAUUCGACACCGGAGACGAUUGUAUCUCUUUGGGCCCUGGAAGUAGAUUCAUCAACAUAACAAACAUCCAUUGUGGUCCAGGUCACGGAAUCAGCAUCGGCAGCCUUGGAAAAUACCCAAAUGAGGAAGAUGUCUCUGAUGUUUUAGUAAGAGACUCCACAUUUGUUGGUACAGACAACGGUGUGAGGAUCAAAACAUGGUCGUCUUCACUUCCAAGUUCUGUUACCAAGAUCGCUUUUAUCAAUCUCGAAAUGAAGGACGUCAAAAGCCCUAUCAUCAUUGAUCAAAAAUAUUGCCUUGACUGCAACAGAGAUAAAAUGGUGGUUGAUGGUUAUUAUCUUUUCAGUGAGCUUGCGUGUAUGCUUUUUGAAGAUGCGUUAUGUGCUUGA